AUGACCUAUCGAACUCUAGAUAAGUCCCUGGAGGAGAAGCAGAUGUACCUGAGUCCUGUUCUGUCUCGCUGCUCUCACGGGUCACGGUUACACUGGUCUCCUUCUGUCCUCUCUGUACAAUACUGCUAUGACCAAAGGAGGGAACGCAAAACAGGAUGUAUAGACAAGAACGAUGAAGGUGGAGCAGGAAGGGGUUGGGGCUGGAGCUGGAACAGGUGUAGGGCGCUGACAGAGCUGUUGAAGCAGCAGGGGGCAGAGGGGAGCACCGUGGACACCAGCAGCACCAGUCCCCAGAGCUCCGAGAGAGAGAGGCCCAACGGGACGCAGGCUCGCAUCCUACGCAGCCGCAGCGAACAGUACCAUUUGAACAACUCUCCGUUCGGACCAGGGCUGCCGCAUGCACACAGCAACCAGAGCAACUUGGGACUCAACAAGUACACUUCCCUCAAAGCAGUGGCGGACAGUGCCUCCCACAAAUACUACAAGAGCUACCCUCUGAUGGACUUCUCCCAGUACCAGCCGGUGGCCCCUCCCACCUCCCAGUCCAAAGAGAAGUCCUACCUCCACCAGCCUCUGUCCUCUGCCCUCAGCGGCCCCCACAACAACCACCCCCACCCUGUGUCCAUCUCCAUCCCCUCCACCAGCCACCCGGAGCACUCCCGCCUGUCCAAGACCACCACCCACCCCCUGCUCUCCAGCUCGGCCUUCACAUCCUGGGAGCCCAGCGCACGCCACGUCCAGAGACAGACCUCGGCUCCGGGGCACGAUGCGGCCCGCAUGCACAACCCCAACCGCAGGCACACCACCUUCUCCGCCCGCAGAAAGCCGAGCUCGGAGAACGUGCCGGACCUGUUCAGCCCGCCCUACGGGGCCGCCUACGGGAACACGGGGCAGGGGCCGCACCACAGCCAGGGCCACCCUCCACAGAUGCUCUACUCCAGGCCCAAGAGCUUUUCCACGCACAGCGCUACAGAGGUGACUGUGUAA